AUGGCAGCCUUCAAUCCAUGCGGUUACGCCUCCUCACCUACAACUGCCGAGAUCCAGUAUAAAAACCCGACCCACCUCCCCUUUCUCUUUCGUCGCGAACAAUUUCCUCGCCUAGAAGCUGUUAACCCUCUCUCCUCUCAACCACGCCCAAGGCUCUCCUCCUCAGCAGUCCCCAUGGUCUCCGGUAACCCACUGCGGAGACCAUCACAGCUCCCCUCCAACGUCUAUGAGAUCACGGGGAUUCACCCGAAAAUGGGAUUGUCAUGCUUCUGCUUGAUCAUAAGGUGGAGAAUAUUCUGGUGA